GUGACGUCACCUUCCGGCGGGUACCCGGAGCGGCGCCAUUGAUAGCGGCGGAGGAGGCGGCGGCAGCGGCCCGGUCCCGGUGCCCGCUCCAGGCCAUGGUGAGGCUGGGCCCGGCCCCGUUCCCGCUGUGAGCCCUGGGACCGGGCCCGUUCCCGCUGUGAGCUCUGGGGGCACCGGGCCCGUUCCCGCUGUGAGCUCCAGGGGGGCCCGCCCUCACCUCUGCCCCCCCCAGCACCGCUGCCCCCCGCACUGAUGGCGUCGGGCGCCACGAGCCGCUCCGAGGACGAGGAGUCUCUGGCGGGGCAGAAGCGGGGCCCGGCCGCGGCCUCGGGCGCCGUCCCCAAGCGCCGGAGCUCGUCUCGGUUCAUCAAGAGGAAGAAGUUCGACGAUGAGCUGGUGGAGAGCAGCCUGGCCAAGCCCAGCCGCGCCAAGGGCGGCGCCGAGCCCGGGCGCUGCUCGGGCAGCGAGCCCUCCUCCAGCGAGAAGAAGAAGGUCUCCAAGGUGGUGCCGGCGCCCGUCGUGCCCAGCCCGGUGCCCGCUCCUGGCCUGGCCAAGCGGCUCAAGAAGAGUAAGCAGCCGGUGCCGGUCACCAAGGACCUGGGCCGCUGGAAGCCUGCCGAUGACCUCCUGCUCAUCAACGCGGUGCUGCAGACCAACGACCUGAGCGCCGUGCACCUGGGGGUGAAGUUCAGCUGCCGCUUCACGCUGCGCGAGGUGCAGGAGCGCUGGUACGCGCUGCUCUACGACCCCAUCAUCUCCAAGCUGGCCUGCCAGGCCAUGCGGCAGCUGCACCCCGAGGCCAUCGCCGCCAUCCAGAGCAAGGUCCUGUUCAGUAAAGCCGAGGAGCUGCUGCUCAGCAGAGUGGGAUCGGGCAGCCAGCCCUCGCUGGAUACCUUCCAGGAUCUGUUGCACAAGCACCCUGAUGUGUUCUACCCCUCACGCACGGCCAAGGCACUGCAGCUGCAUUGGCAGCUCAUGAAGCAGUAUUACCUCCUGGAGGACCAGACCGUGCAGCCGUUGCCCAAAGGGGAUCAAGUGCUUAAUUUCUCGGAUGCUGAGGACAUGGUGGAUGACAGCAAAUUGAAAGAUGUGCGGGACGAGGUGCUGGAGCAUGAGCUGACUGUGGCUGACAGGCGGCAAAAGCGUGAGAUCCGGCAGCUGGAGCAGGAGCUGCACAAGUGGCAAGUGCUGGUGGACAGCAUCACAGGGAUGAGCUCCCCGGACUUUGACAGCCAGACCCUGGCCGUGCUGCGGGGCCGCAUGGUUCGGUACCUGAUGCGCUCCCGGGAGAUCACCCUGGGCAGAGCUACCAAGGACAACCAGAUUGACGUGGACCUGGCACUGGAGGGGCCAGCAUGGAAGAUCUCCCGCAAGCAGGGUGUCAUUAAGCUGAAAAACAAUGGGGACUUCUUCAUUGCCAAUGAGGGCCGGCGCCCCAUCUACAUCGAUGGGCGCCCUGUGCUGGGUGGCAGCAAGUGGAAGCUCAACAACAACUCCGUAGUGGAGAUAGCCAGCCUCCGCUUCGUUUUCCUUAUCAACCAGGACCUCAUCGCUCUCAUCAAGGCAGAAGCAGCCAAACUGGCCCAGCAGUGACUGGGGGGCUGCUUGGCCCCCCCCCCCCGGGGGAUCUGCCCCCCUCGCGGCCCCAUAGAUGGGGGUAGCACUUCCCAAUAAAGCUCCUCAAUGGAC